AUGGCGGAGGCCACGGUGUGCUCUUUCCUGACCAAGGUGCUGUGCGCCAACGGCGGCCGCAUGUUCCUGCAGGACCUGCGCGGCCACGUGGAGCUGUCGGAGGCCAAGCUCCGGGACGUGCUGCAGCGCGCCGGGCCCGACCGCUUCCUGCUGCAGGAGGUGGAGAUGAAGGAGGGCCUCUGGGACGCCGAGGCCGAGGUGGCGGCCGGCGCGGCCGGCGCAGGAGGCGGCGGCGCCUCGGCUUGGAGGGUGGUGGCCGUGUCCUCCGCGCGCCUCUGCGCCCGUUACCAGCGCGGCGAGUGCCGGGGCUGCGACCAGCUGCACCUCUGUCGCCGCCACAUGCUGGGCAAGUGCCCCCACAGGGACUGCUGGUCUACCUGUACCCUUUCCCAUGAUAUCCACACACCUGUCAACAUCCAAGUGCUGAAAAACCAGGGACUUUUUGGCCUCAAUGAAGGUCAGCUGCGGAUCUUGCUUUUGCAGAAUGACCCCUGCCUUUUACCAGAGGUCUGUUUGCUGUACAACAAAGGCGAAGCCCUCUAUGGAUACUGCAACCUCAAGGAUAAGUGCACCAAGUUUCACGUGUGCAAAUCCUUUGUCAGGGGAGAGUGCAAACUUCAAACCUGCAAACGGUCCCAUCAGCUCAUUCAUGCUGCGGCCUUGAAAUUGCUGCAGGACCAAGGACUGAAUAUUCCAAGUGUCGUUAAUUUUCAGAUAAUUGCUACCUACAAGCAUAUGAAGUUGCACAAGAUGCUUGAAAAUAAAGAUAACUCAGCAUCUUCUACUGAGCAUUCACAGGGCUUUGAGAAACAAGGUGCACAGGCAGCUGGAGCUGCAGAAGCCAGCCCUUCAGCUUCUGUCCCUCCUCUGUUGGCCAAGAAGCCCUGCCCAGGUAAACCUUAA